UCCCCUCAUUCUAACCAUGCGCCGAAAAUUAGGUCUUCGCCCGCAGGCCAGUUCAGCUACUCGUCCUCAUCCAGAUACAAAAGCUUAUGGAUUUUCUCCUCCGCUCUACAUUAUGAAAGUUUCAAUGUCCGUACAUCGGUGCUUUGUGGCCUUAGCAAAGAGGCUUUUACCAUUUGGGAUUAGUCUGAUUGAUUUAAUUUGAACCAGGAUGUAGAAGCGAUAAGACGCUAUUUGCUACUCGGGGGGAAGUGUGGACCGGGGCAUUCAGAGCCUGUUCGGAGUAAUUUCUCCGUCUCUGGUGGGCGAAUAGGACGUGCGAGUGUCGAUUGAUAUCCUGUGUGAAAUGAUGGCGAGUUGGGGAAGGGCUGGAAGAGAAGCGAGGGAUGAUGUUGAGAACUCUCCUCUGUUCCAGUAUUUGCAGGAUCUAGGACACACUGAUUUUGAGGCAUGUUCACCCAUCUCUCAGGAGCAGGAGGAGGAACUGAGUGCUGGUGCCCAGGACAUCCUGCCCCCUCCCAGAACAGGUGGUAUUUGGAGGCUGGCUGAGAUCCUGCGCGCCCUGAGUCCGUUUCGUCAGAGCGACGCCCCCCUGCGGCUGGAACAGCAGCUGGACGCUGCGUUCCGACAGUACUCCCUGCGCUGUGUGCUGUCUCAGGACGUGCUGUUGCAGGAGGACGUGGAGCUUAUUGAGCUGUUAGACCCCAGUGCUCUCUCUCUGGGCUCCACAAGUACUCCCUGCCCGAGCGCCACCUCAGCCCUGCCUGCACCCCGCUACCUCUCCACUCCAUCCAUAUGGGACGUCUCUGUACUGGUCGGACUGUUGGCCAUCCUGCUGGCGGUUUGGUGUUCUUGUCAUGAAGAUGGGCGGGGCCUGCUAUGGCUGUGUGUUUGUGCGCUGUGUGUCUUGUGUGCGCGUCACGGCAUUCAUCUGUGGCACAAGGCGGCAGUGCAGCAGCAGGUUCAGGCUCAAGCCGUCCAGCUGGAGAGUUUAGUGAUCAACAGUCGAGCUCUCACCAGCCUGGCACGCAAAUCGCUCCGUCUCAUCCAGGAGACCGAAGUCAUCUCGCGGGGAUUCACCCUUUUACUCGACAGGGUGAGUGCGGCCUGUCCCUUUAACAGGGUGGGGCAUCUACGCAGCCAGCAGUUGAUUGGUUUGAGGAAAGCAGCCUACCAGAGCCUCCGCUGCGCGUUCCGUGCCUCCCGCAUCGCCACCUGCAUCAUGCUUAAAUCAUUUCCACUCAACUCCGAGAUCGACAACGUCACCAACUACGUGUCGACCGUGCCGAUCCGAGAGUUAGGCCUGGGCCUGGGGGCAGAGAAUAUCUCUGAUGAGCAGGCACAGGAGCUGACCAAUGACUACAGCUUACCCGCCCUCAAAUUGCUCUUUCAGUUGUGGGUGGGCCAGAGCUCGGAGUUUUUCCGCCGAUUGGCUCUGAUGCUGUCCUCCGGGAGGGCGGAGCAAGAGUCCAAGCCCCGCCUUCUUGCGUACAACAGCGUGGCCACGGUCACUGCCUCCCUUCAUCCCUCCCUGGCCUGUUGCCUUGGUGACCUGCAGCGCAGCUAUGAAUUCCAUCGAUACUUUGAGAUGCAGCAGCAGUCGCAGAAUACGGGCCGAGCGAGUCAGGUGCGACAGAAAUGCAGAGAGCUCAACUCGCUGCACACAUCAAUCCGCAGCCUUCAGCUCCACCUCAGAGCCCUGCUCAGCGAGAUGAUCAUUCUGGAAGAUGAGCUGGAGAAGCUGAUGGUUGCUAAGGAGUCGGAGGAGGUGACAUGUGCAGGUUACCAGGAGCUCCGUGAGCGCCUGCACCUCCUGCAGCCUCACAUGCAGGCUUGCUCCUGCUGCUGGGAGGACAUGACCGCUCAGGUGGAGCGCAUGCUGCGCAGGGUCACCCACUGCCCAGGAAGUGCAGAUAGUCCAGAGGAAGCAGCUGGUCCUGCCCCACCUCCUCCUGCCCCCAUCUCGCACAUCGAUGACACAGACCCCGUCCCAGAGGAACAGGAACUGGAGGCCUACGUCUCGGACUCGGACUCGGACUCAGAGUGGCGUGGGGCUGCAGACUUGCUGUCGCCAUGGGAACGGGAGCGUCAUCGGCGCGAGAGGGAGGAGUCACGCAGAGUUUUACUUGAGCUUAAAUCCGUCCUGGGGAUCCGAACGUCGGAAGGAGAGCGAGACAAGCGCAAGCUGCUUCUGUUCAGCGACAAAGCCGCGUUGGCUCAGGUUCCCACCGAGACAUCCGAUCAUUACCCAGAAUCCUCAGCGGGUGCGGGCUGCACAGACCUUGCAGCGUCUACAAGCAACCACGUCUCCCAGCAGCUUUCAGGAGGAGAGGGGGAGGAGUUCGAGGAGGGAGGAAGAGAGACUGCGAGAGACAGGACGCAAGACGGAGAGACGGACACGGCCGUGACCGAAUUCUGUUGCGGCGAUUCCGAAAGCGUCGCGGAAACACAAGGCCCGAGAGGAGAGGAAGAAGGGACACGGCUCUUCCAAUCGGAUGGGCUGAUAGACGAGGAGGCGGGUCCGGAUGGAUCACACCCCCUCGCUCCAAAAGUCCCCACCCUCUCAGUGAUUGACAGACUUACAGAACUGCAUGGCUCUGAAGCGCUUAGCAUCGGCUCGGCCCUGGCUGCCCAGGUGGCCGCUCGCUCUCACACUUUCACACACCUGCAGGAAUGCACCUACGGGGACUCGGAUGAGGAAGAGGAGGAGGAAGGGGAAAAGGAAGUGGAAGUGACAUCCCAGCCAGAGGGAAUGCAGACAGCAGAGAAGUGAAGGACAGCAGGCUGAACUGUUUUAGAAUAUAUACAGGUUAUUUAUUCCCAUCUGCCCUAGAUUUAUUUAUUAAGCUUGAGGUCAGGAGCGCAGCACAUAUAACCGGUGCGCGAGAGAGUUUUCCGUGAGAUGGCCGUCCUUUAUGUGCCUCCAUGUGUGUUCUUGUUUACACUCCGUCUACUGUCACUCAGUCUACCCAUCCCCGUUUUCUCGCAUAACGCCUCAGGUACAAUCUGGCAAAUACAGACACGCAGUUCAACAUCAAAUAUUAGGCUUAUUAUUCAAAUAUUAGGCUUAUUAUUUCAAUGUGUACAGUAAUAUAUCGGCUGCUUAAUCGGCUAUAGGUAGGUUUCUAAUCCUGAACAUCUCACCCACUGAAAACAUGUUCAAGCUGGCAUUGUUCACAAGCCUGCAUGCUUUUGUGUUCUUAAGGUUUGCAUUAUACCCAUUUGCUUCAAAUGACAAGUCAAAAAAGUCGACUAAUAUAAGCACACCUUAAAUAAAUAUAAUGUGCUUCACAGACCCCGCUAUGAGCACCGCUAAUCUAUAAGAAAAUUCACACACACACACUCAAUUUAAUUUAUAUUUAUAAUUUACUACUCGAGUUUGUGUGCUGUGCAUCAGUGUGUGUGUGUGGUGUUGUUGUAAUAGACCUUAUAAGAAGCCAGGCACUAGCUUUGAGAAAUUUGUUCAGCUUUAAUCUCUUUGAAGGAUGAUAAAAGGAGGGAGAGAGGGGGGGGGUUCCCACGUGACUUCCCACUUGACUUCCCACGUGACUUCCCUUUACCAGAAAUGGAGCUGAUCAGCCAAGACAUGAUUGGUGUCUGAUGUUUGCUUCUAUUAUGCAAAUCUUAUGAAAUCUUCUAUAGGCUCCAGGUAGCGUUAGGCAACGUGGCUGCUUCAUAGCAUAACGAUGCAUAUUAUAUUUAUUAUCGAGUUUUUAUACUCGCUGAUCUUGGCCGACAGGAAGGAGAACCCCAUGUAGUCUUGUGCUGUUGUAGCGCAUCCCUUUUCAAGGUUCGGAGUGAGAUGCUUUUCUGCUCACCACGGUUAAAGAGUGAUUAUUCGAGUGAUCAUAGCCUUCCUGUCAGCUUUAAGCACUCCGGGCAUUGUCCUCUGACCUCUCUCAUCAACACCCCCCCCAAAAGAAUGCUGAUGCUCACCUUUUUGUGCAAACUCUAGAGACGGUUGUGUGUGAAACUCUCAGGAGAUACUCAACCCAGCCCAUCUGCCACGGUCAAAGCCACAGAGAUCACAUUUUUCUCCGUUCUGACGUACACUAGCAGAAGCUCUUGACCUGUAUCUGAGUGAUUUUUAUGCAUUGCCCUGCUGCAACAUGAUUGGCUGAUUGAAGAACUGCGUAUCGUCAGGUAUUAGCCCGUUUGCCUGGCCACUUGAAUCGAAUGGGUUAAAUCCAAACCUCAGUAACUUCAAAACAAGUGCGCUUCUAAAUAACGUCAACUUCAAUCUAAUGACAAUUUUAAUAUUUUGUGAGUGUAAAGUUUUUUUUUUUUUUAAAAAUGAAUUACUAGCGAAAUUAAUUUAGUACACAUUGCUAUAACAUGCGUAAUAUUUGAGUAGUUGAAUAAUUUCUGUUCAUAAAAUAAAGCUGUGCUGAGCGAG